AGAUACCGUCCAGGAGGAUACCAUCCGAUCAACAUAGGAGAGUGGUUGAAUUCCCGAUACUAUAUCGUGUAUAAGCUUGGCUUUGGCGUAUACUCAACUCUAUAGAUGGCACGAGAUCAGAAAACUAACAAAUAUGUCGCCAUCAAAGUCACCAUCGCAGAUAGUGAUCCAGCGCAGUCGCAGGACAGAAAUAUUCUCCAUCGACUCAAUACUGCAGAUUCGAAGACCAAGUCCCAUCCCGGCCGCGCAAGCAUUCUACCGAUACUGGAUGGGUUUAUUAUCCCCGGACUUAAUGGUGACCACCAGUGUUUGGUCACACCAGUUGGGAUGAUGAGCCCAGCCGAGGCCAAAGAUGCCUCAUCAUUCCGACUGUUUCAAUUGCCGAUGGCCAGAGCUUUCUCUGCCCAACUGGUCCUAGCCGUGGCAUGUUAGUGAGUCUGUCUGUCACUGCUCACCCAUGGUAUUGGUUAAUAGUUGCGGUACUGGUAUCCCCAGAAUGCCUUUUUCAGUUUCGCUCCUCAGACGCUAGAUGUGUCUGAGUCCCAGUCGAUGUCGCAGGUAGUCUCCGGGUCAAAGUAGCAGCCGAACAUAUCCUCAUCCGCUAGGUCGUUUGCUUCUACUCGGCACUCCGUAGGUAGCUCGCUCAUAUUACUACUUUAAUCAUAGCCGGAAAUA